AUGCCGAAGGCGAAUCAAGACGAAUAUCUGCCGGCCAACUCUGACCAUGAAGAAGCUCGAGCACUCCCGGCAUCUUGGUACCGGAGGGACGAGAUGUAUCAGUUGGAGCGACGAGCCAUCUUCUCCAAGCGAUGGCUGCUCGUGACGCAUAGACUGCGCUUCACCAAGCCAGGAGACUUUCUACGCUUCGAACAGGCCGGAUACGCGUUUGUACUGUGCAUGGACAAAGAUGGUGAUACCUUGAAUGGUUUCCACAAUAUCUGCCGGCACAGAGCUUUCCCUGUGGUUACUGCAGAUGAAGGAAACGCAAAGAUGUUCUCGUGCAAGUACCACGGUUGGUCUUACGGUUUGAAUGGCCAGCUUGCCAAAGCGCCUCGCUUCGACGCCGUACCAACUUUUGGCAAAGCAAACCACAGCCUUCUUCCAAUCCAUGUACACGUGGAUGCGUUAGGCUUCGUAUGGGUCAAUCUAGACGCGUCCCCAGAACCUGAAGUAAAGUGGAACGACGACUUGAACGGGGCCGACACACAGGAACGAUUUCAAGCUUUCGACUUCUCACAAUACCGCUUCGAUCACGUCUGGGCCAUGCAAGGCAACUACAACUGGAAAACACUUGCCGACAAUUAUAAUGAAUGCUACCAUUGCCAAGUUGCACACCCAGAUGUCAGAAAGUUGGCCGACUUGUCCUUUUACUAUACAGUAUCGAAACCGGGCUACAUCCAACACUUUUCGCGGCCGAAGAAGGGAAAAGAGGAAGAUGACAUCAAAAAUGUCAGCACCUAUUAUUUCCCGAAUGCCUGCAUGACUGUCUCGUACGUGUGGUAA